AUGAGAGAGGAAGUGUCCUGCACCAACUCCCCUGAAGGAGGGCUGGGGGCCAGCGAGGAGGAACUGGAGAGGGGAGGUAAGAAGAACCUCCAACCAGGAAGCCGAAAACGUUCCCCUUAUCCCAAGAAGGACAGCCUUGGCCGGUCCGAGGAGAGUAGCACUGGCAGCCCCAACAGCCUGCUCCCAUCUGGGCCGAAGAGGUUGAAGAAAAGCCCUUCGUCUGUGGUCUCGUUGGCUCCCUCUUCGCUAGGCCCCGGCGCGGAGCAGCCCUUUGAGGACCUGCACACUCAGCGUGUCAUCGCCAACGUGCGAGAGCGCCAACGUACUCAGUCUCUGAACGACGCCUUCGCCUCUCUACGCAAGAUCAUCCCCACGCUACCUUCGGACAAGCUCAGCAAGAUUCAGAUCCUGAAGCUGGCUUCACGCUACAUCGACUUCCUCUACCAGGUGCUCCAGAGUGACGAGAUGGAUGCCAAGCUGGCCAGCUGCAACUACCUGGCCCAUGAAAGACUGAGCUACGCCUUCUCUGUCUGGCGGAUGGAGGGUGCCUGGGCCAUGUCCACCAGCCACUAGGACCCCUUUAACCUCUCUCCUAACCCACUCCUGUCCUCACCUCUACCCACUGCCUCUGCGUGCAUCUAUUCCUUAAUCCCUGAAUACUAAUAAGUCUUCUCCCUUGGUCUCAUCUUAUACAUUUCAGCCUAAAUGUUUCCAAAAAUUAUUCAUGCUACUCUCCCUGAGACCUCCCUGUCUGUGA